ACUUAAUAUUAAUAAAUAUCAAUGGAUAAAUAUAUUUCCAAAACAACUAAAUUAUUUCUAUUUAAAAUCAAUUCCAACUGCAUCAAUUCAUCUGGAUAAAAACUUUUCAACUGAAUAUUUAGAAAAUCCUUUAAAUGAAAAUAUAAAUUUGAUAUCUGAUCAAAAUCAAGAACAUAUUUGUGAAAUUAUAAUUGAUGGAAUUUUAAUUAAAUAUUGGAAUAAAGAUGUUCAAUAA